CUUCAGCAACCAAAAUAUCCACCGCCGGCCUGGCCUCUCUUCCCGACGACGAGCCUCUCCACUCCAGAGCUCUGUAAUUUGUCAAGAAACCGCCGGCGAGAGUUCAGACUGAAUUCCAUUUGCGAUCGGCCGAGGAGAUAAAAAUGGGAGAUCCGGACAAGAAAUGGGAUUUUUAUCUUCGGACAUUAUCCAGCAGUGCGAGAGACUCCAAUUUGGCCGGGGACCCCGCAUCCGAGGCUCUCCUCAAUGCCGUGAGGAAGCUUUGCCAGUUGUGUAAAGAAGAGAAUUCGGAGGAUUUGGUUGCUAGGGUUUAUCCGCACUUUAACAAGCUCUUUCAGCGAUCCGUGGCGUCUCUUCCUCAAUCUCGCUCCUCUUAUGGACUUCUCUUGCUGGACAUUAUUCAGUUUUUCCUCGACUUCGGAGAGAUUGUUCUGCAUGAUGCUGAUCCCAGUCUAAGAUCAUUUUUUCGCUCGUGUUUGAGUCGUGAAUUUGCAGAUCUGACUGUGGCAGAGGCAACCCUUAAUUUUCUGAAUGUCAACAAGAGAAAGCUUCUGGCUUCUUAUCCUGCCUUACUACCUCAAUUUUUUCCACUGUUACUUAAGCUGAUAGCCUGGAAUGGAGAAAAGUUACUCCUAUCAUUCUUAAAGGUCUUUCCGGAAUUGAUAUCGCCUGCUUCAUUUCUUCCUCUAUUUCCUUCCUUAGUGGAUCUUCCAAUGUUGGUAGUGGCAAUGGAAAGGGUGGAGCGAAGUUCAGGUUCCCUUAUUGGGAGCAGUAUUGCCUCAAUCCAGAACAGCACGGCUCCUGAGAUGUUACUAGCUCUGAUGGAUGAAGCUUAUACUGGUUCAACUAUAGGAGAUGGCGGGGCUGACAGUGAAUCAGAGGAUACCAAUGCGAUUGAUGCUGCUGAUCCUUUGUUUCUAGAACUUCUGAAGGAUGAGAAUGACGGAUUAGCUGAGCGGCAUAGAACAUCUCCCAGUAUGGCUGCAGCAUUGCAGGCUGCAGUUAAUGCUCCUCAAUCGGAUAGGCUGAAACAAUCGCUCAAAAUAGCACCUGGCCUUCUUGAUGUUUACUGUGCUAUAGCAAUACGUGAUGUCAAUGACUCUUUGAUCUGUUCACUUAUCCCGUUGCUUAUGGCGAGAAAUGAUGUACUAUUUCCUGACAAAAAUUACUCAUACCAGGUUCGUAAAAGGCUUUUAGAGUUUAUGCUCACAUCGUUUCAGCGUUCUCCAAAUUUUAUUGCUCUUCUGAAGAAACCUAUUAUGGACAGGCUUGGACAAGCCUAUGACAGUUCUGCAAAGACAGAACUAGCAUUACAAUUGUGUUGGGCGAUUGGUGAACAUGGCGGCGGUGGUACAUCUCACAGAGAUGCUGCACGCGAGCUAUUUGAGAAUCUAGAGCUACUUCUCUAUGAAAACUUGUCAUCUAGCCGGCUUGGCUUAAGGGAAUCCGCACUUGGAUCAGACAGCGAAAACUUCAGAAAGUCAUCACAGUCCCGGCUUCUGUGUUUCGUUAUAACAGCUAUCGCAAAGUUGGCCACACAUCACCAUGAGUUGUUACCAAGAGCCCGUGUGUCCUUAGGCAAGGUCGCUAGAUCUCGCAUCUCAGAUGUGAGGGUUUGGAGGCGUGCACGAGAUUACCUGGGUUUGAUCGAUGAUCCUGCAAUAUCCUUGUCCGUCUUGGGGCCUUCCCAGGGGCGCGUGCAAAAACCAGGAACUGUUAAUUGGAGUGAUGGCGGCACCAAGAUGAUUGCACAUAUCCCCUUCUACCUUCUCGGAGAACAGGAAGGUUCCCCCUUCCACGACUUCUCCUUUUCUGAUAUCUUCCCGAGAACAUGAUGACUCUGCUGCCUCAGCUCGUCGAAGAAAGAGAAGCAUUUUCGAUGGCGUCUCUGUUGUUCGAAACUUGUUAGUUUUAGAUUGCGAGUCGAUGUGAUCUGGGUUUUCCCGUGUAGCGAAAGUGUUGACACCGAUAGUUUCAUCUACUGCUCUCCGAAAUUAGCCACGACGAUCGAGAGGCAUCGUGAGAGGGGAUGAGUAUAACGAUCAAUUCGUUCACGUAUUAGAUGUUAACCUCGCAUGUGAAACAAUCACUACGAUUGAAUCAUCCACGAUCACAAGCUAGUAAUAUUGUGUGUAAAAUGAGAUAUGGAAAAGAAAAUUAUUGAAGCAUAUAUACGUCGAUCUUGUAUUUUCUACAUGUAACAAGAACUACGUAGUAGAUGUAUGAUUAUACGCUAGGUGGUCAUAUACGUAGAUAUAAUCCAGCCAAAAGCUCGAAGGUAUCUGAUGAUGCUACGUUGAAGCUUGAAAGGAAAGGUUCACGGCAUAUGCAGCGGCGGCGGAGGUCCACCGUGACCUCCGUGAGGAGGAGGGGGAGGAAGAGGAUGUGGAGCUGGUUGAUUAGGAGGCGGUAGUACUGGUGGCGGCGGUGGUGCGAGAUGAUCAUGGAAUUCUGGCCGCGGUGGCGGUGGAGGAGGAGGCUGUCCAUGAAGUGGAGCCGGUGGCGGCGGGGAAGAGCGUCGAUGGUUAUGCAUUUUUGGUCUGGUGGUGAUGGAUGAGUUGAAAAACCUGCCGGCGUCCAAAAUAUAAAUAGAAAUGCAGACCUGACCUGACCUUCAUAACUACAAGUCGCAUUAUACAGGUGCCAACCUGCUUGUCAAACUAGUACUACUUCAUCUUUCAUUUUGUUAGACUUGUAGGUG